AUGGAUCGCAUCCGUAGGCCACUAUUCCCAGCUCUCACGGAGAUUUACCUUAGGGGGUGCACCUUCCACACGGUGUGCGACUUUUUCGAGCUCUUAUGGGCGUGCCCUCAACUCUCCCAUCUCGCCAUGCAAGAUUGCGAGGUGCAGUACGACCCCGCGGACUCGAGCGCAAUCACAUUGAUGCACGAGUUUCACCACAAGCACAUCGAUGAGAUCCUCACGAAGCUCACCUCGUUGUGUAUAUACGAGUAUCCUCUCUCGACCAACUUCCGAAACGUCCCCGGCCGGCCAUUUGGGGCGGCAGUGACAUCGCUGCGCAUCGGAUGCCUCUCAAUCGCGGACAUAGAGACCGUCCCCCCCUUCGUACAGGCUUUCCCCGCGCUACAGGACCUGCAUAUUGCCGUUCUCCGCACUUCCAUGAAUGGUUAUUAUGUGGAUCCCCAUAUACGCUUCGACCGGCCGUUCAUCUGCGCGCUCGCCACGAACCUACGCCAGCUGCCGUACCAACGCUCCCACCUUCGCACCCUCACCAUUCGCGUCGGCUACCCCUAUAACGGAGACUGGCAACACUCGAGCUGCUCCGCUCUGUUUGGCCCCGCAGUGCCUCGAGCAGACCUUCACGUGCCGCGCGAGCUCUUUCCGAAGCUGUCGCGGCUCGAAGUGGAUAUUAGGCGAGGCGCGGAGGAGGAGGAUCGGAACGCGUGCUUCCAGCGCAUCGCGUCCGCGCUUCCGAGCAUGGUGGAUGUACUGCGCUUUAGGGACCACAGGGAAGUGACGUUUGCGGUCGUCGAUGGUCGUUUGAGAGUAGUCUCCGAGUAG